AAGCAGGACUUUCCUUCUUGUACUGUAAGCUGCUUACUGCCCUCUCUGUAUUCACUUCCAGGUCGCUUUGUCACGCCACGUUGCCCGCUGGGAGGAUCCGAGCUCGUCACUUUUACGUUCGAGUACCGUCAAAGUGCUGGUUACUUCUUUUGCGUUAAGCUAAAUUAACAAUAAACUACUCUGAAUUGCUGCAGUAAUCUGCAGAAAAACGAACAGUUCAUGGGGGAUGCAGUGGUUGGUAUCCCUAACAAAGAUCAGCAGGCCUUGGUGGAACAGACUGUCUCCAACUGCAGGGAUCAGGAGGAGAGAAUCUAUAUGGACUACAAUGCUACCACCCCAUUAGAUCCAGAGGUUAUUAUGGCUAUUACUGAAGCUCUGAAGGAUGCAUGGGGAAACCCCAGCAGCACAUACUUGCCUGGCAGGAAGGCCAAAGGGAUUAAUGAUAAAUCUCGAGAGAGUGUUGCUUCAAUGGUAAACGGCCAAGCAGAGGACAUCAUCUUUAUGUCAGGUGGAACAGAGGCAAACAACCUGGUUUUCUACACAGCUGUCAAGCAUUUCUGGGACAGCUGGGGAGCAACUCUGCUGAAUGAAAAGCAAACGACUGUCCUCCCUCACAUCAUCACUUCCAGUAUAGAGCAUGACUCUGUGAAGAUCACUGCUGACAGCCUGCUGAAGGAGGGUAAAGCAGGUAUGACCAUCACUAUCUUUAGUAACGACUUUGAGAAUACCUCUUCUAAAUGGUAGCACAUUAUAGAUCUCAAAUAGUUGUUUUAAAGGAAAUGCCACAAAUUGAUUUGAAUGUAAGCAGACAAUAGCACUGUAAUAUAAAAAUAUAUAAUACAUAAUUUUUGAGCUUGGGUUUUCUUCUGGUACUCCUUUUUUUUUCACAUAGUUGCCACCUCAAAAUUGUCUGUUUUUUGGAUGUGCCCUGCAAUUGUGGCAUUGAGUGAUCAGAGACGAAGCAGACCCCGUAAUGCAGGAGAAUGUUUUAUUGUUAAUUAAGCUGGGUGCAUCAAAAUCCGAAGGGGCAAGACAGGCGGAUGGUCGGGUUGGUCCCGGGAGGUCAGAAGCCGGGUUGGUCAAUCCUACAAACAAAGACAAGACAAGGGGACGAUGCGACAGGAAGGUGGAUGAAGGCAAGCCAGGACGGCAGGGCAGGGCAGGAUCGGGCAGGCAGGCAGGGAUGAUCUGGGAAGCAGGGCAGGCACGACAGCAGGAUACGACGAGGCAGGCAGGGCAGGAGGGUUAGACAAAAGACAGAAAAGCGCUCGAUAAGUGUCAUGGGUAUUGCAACAAUACUCACAACCUUUGGAGCUUGCUUUGGGGUUAAGUAGCUUGGUUGGAUUGCAAUGAUUGCCUGUUGCUGUGCGACCCCGCCCCUGUAGGCGUGACAGCAAUGGUCUGGCAUCCCAUCCAAGGUGUACCCCAGGCUUAUGUCCUUCAGAGUUGUACACAAUCAAUAAAUUGAGAAUGGCUCUGAAAUUCUAAUUGUAUCCCCCAGACAAGAAAGACAUAUGGUUUUGGGACCUGUCUGCCACCGCUGCAGGUACUUUCUUGUUAAACAAACAACAAGUCCCAAACUUUAACUUUUUAAAAGAAAGAAAGAAAAGCAGACGGAAUUUAAACAAGUAGAGACAUGCCCGAGUGAAACACUGUCAAGAUAAAACAUCGUAUUUUAAGCACAAAUGACACAAGUCCCAAACUUUUAACUUUUAAACAAACGAAACAAGCACAAAAGAGCAAAUGCGAAACAAGCACAAACAUUUUAAACCUAUUACA